AUGCCCAUCGAAAAGUUAUCUUCCGCUCUGGAUGCCAUCAUCGACGGUGACGCACCCAUUGAAGAACACGGCUCCGGAUUCGGUGGCGGCGAGGGGCCGGCCGAAGGACCGCUGUGGUGGAGCGACGGCGGGUAUCUGCUGUUCAGCGACAUCCACAACAACCGGCGCAUGCGCUACACCCCCGGCUCUGGCGUAACCGUGGAAGCCGAGCCGGUGAACCGGCACAACGGGCUGACCCGCGACCAGCAGGGCCGGCUGAUCGCCGCGGAGCACGACGGGCGGCGGAUCAGCCGGCUGGAGGCCGACGGGUCAACCACCGUGCUGGCCAACCAGUUCCAGGGUCGGCAGUUGAACCGGCCCAACGACGUGGUGGUCAAGUCCGACGGGAGCAUCUACUUCACCGAUCCGUGGACCUUCCGCCGGCCGCGCGAGCAAUGGGAGCAGACCAUCUCCGGCGUGUACCGCCUGUCGGCCGACCUGGGGACGCUGACCCUGCUGGUGGCUGACUUCUGGGGUACCGGUCAUUCCGGUGAUCCGGCGCUGAACGGAGCGACCGUGCUGGGCGAACCGGCCUUCGACGACCUGGCUUCGGCAUCAGCGGCGGCGCAGGCGGAGGGAGCGGCCAUCGACCUGGUGGACGUGUUCCGGCGCAGCGAGUUUGCUGGGGCCGUUACGGAUGACGCUGUCACGAUUGGAGCGCGCUACGUGUGGAUGCAGGACGGGGUGGUAGACCAGGCGGCGGCGCAGAGUGCGCAGGAUGCCGGCUGGGCGUGGUGA